GCUUGUCAAACUCAUUUCAGUGCGAAGUACCGUUUGUGUUGGGUUAGUCCAAGUGUCGUCCUGUUUAUUACGUUCAAAAAAACCCAUAAAGGAGCGGAAAUAUUAAGAAAUCGAACGUUACGCGUGCUACGCUAAGCACGGAGCGUUUUCUCGUGCAGAAAUUCCAAUUUGGGGGAGGUGUUGAUUCGCUUAAGCGACAACAGUGAGGCCACGAGCGUGGUGAAAUAUUCUUCGAGGGAAAGAGUGUAGAGCGACGACCAGAAAAUGUCGUCCGACUCGAAGGCUCCGCUUCGGACCGUGAAGCGGGUACAGUUUGGUAUUCUGGCUCCGGAUGAGAUUCGUCGAAUGUCCGUGACUGAGGGCGGAAUUCAGUUUCCAGAGACAAUGGAGGGCGGUCGCCCGAAACUUGGUGGGCUGAUGGAUCCCCGUCAGGGUGUCAUUGAUCGAAAUGCACGGUGUCAAACGUGUGCCGGGAACAUGACCGAGUGUCCAGGUCAUUUUGGUCAUAUCGAUCUCGCAAAGCCGGUGUUCCACAUUGGAUUCAUGACCAAAACUAUGAAAAUCUUGCGUUGCGUGUGCUUCUACUGCUCCAAGUUGCUCGUCUCGCCCAAUAACCCCAAAAUCAAAGAAAUCGUAAUGAAAUCCAAGGGACAGCCGCGGAAGCGUCUGGCCUACGUUUACGACUUGUGCAAAGGCAAAAAGAUUUGCGAGGGUGGCGAGGACAUGGAUUUGACUAAGGACGGACAACCAGUGGAUCCAUCCAAGAAAGCAGGACACGGCGGUUGCGGUCACUAUCAACCCUCAAUUAAACGAACCGGUCUGGAACUAAUAGCGGAAUGGAAGCACGUCAACGAGGACUCACAGGAAAAGAAAAUCACAGUUCAAGCCGAACGUGUCUGGGAAAUUCUGAAACACAUUACAGACGAGGAAUGCUUCAUUCUCGGCAUGGAUCCGAAAUUCGCCCGGCCCGAUUGGAUGAUUGUCACAGUUUUACCUGUUCCGCCACUUGCUGUCCGACCGGCUGUCGUUAUGUUCGGCGCAGCCAAGAAUCAGGACGAUUUGACCCAUAAACUGGCGGACAUCAUAAAAGCAAACAAUGAACUGAAGAAAAAUGAAGCUUCGGGAGCGGCGGCGCAUGUUAUCCAGGAGAACAUCAAAAUGUUGCAGUUCCACGUUGCAACGUUCGUGGAUAACGACAUGCCGGGCAUGCCGCGGGCCAUGCAAAAAUCCGGUAAACCGCUCAAAGCCAUCAAGGCUCGUUUAAAAGGCAAAGAAGGUCGUAUUCGAGGAAAUUUGAUGGGUAAACGUGUGGAUUUCUCGGCCCGUACUGUCAUCACUCCCGACCCCAAUCUCCGGAUCGAUCAAGUUGGUGUCCCGCGUUCGAUUGCACAAAAUCUCACUUUUCCGGAGCUCGUCACACCGUUUAACAUUGAUCACAUGCAAGACCUUGUACGACGUGGAAAUUCUCAGUAUCCGGGCGCUAAGUACAUUGUGCGGGAUAACGGUGAACGUAUUGAUUUGCGAUUCCAUCCGAAACCGAGUGAUCUUCACUUACAGUGCGGUUACAAAGUGGAACGACAUUUGCGUGAUGACGAUCUAGUGAUUUUCAAUCGACAACCGACUCUUCACAAGAUGAGUAUGAUGGGCCAUCGAGUUAAGGUUCUGCCCUGGUCAACGUUCCGGAUGAAUUUGUCCUGUACUUCACCAUACAACGCUGAUUUCGAUGGAGACGAGAUGAACUUGCACGUCCCGCAGAGCAUGGAAACCCGAGCCGAGGUAGAGAACAUUCACGUGACACCGCGACAGAUUAUCACCCCUCAGGCGAAUAAACCCGUCAUGGGUAUUGUGCAAGACACCCUAACAGCUGUGCGGAAGAUGACAAAACGAGAUGUCUUCAUCGAGAAGGAGCAGAUGAUGAAUUUACUCAUGUUCUUGCCCACAUGGGACGGCAAGAUGCCACAGCCUUGCAUCCUUAAACCAAAGCCGCUUUGGACGGGCAAGCAGAUAUUCACCCUGAUCAUUCCUGGCAACGUGAACAUGAUCCGGACGCACUCCACUCACCCCGACGAAGAGGACGACGGGCCGUAUAAGUGGAUCUCACCUGGAGAUACAAAAGUCAUGGUAGAACACGGUGAACUUAUCAUGGGUAUCCUUUGUAAGAAAACUUUGGGUACAUCGGCGGGGUCACUGCUUCACAUCGUCUUCUUGGAACUUGGACAUGAGAUUUGUGGUCGCUUCUACGGAAACAUUCAGACUGUCAUCAACAACUGGCUACUAUUGGAGGGUCACAGCAUUGGUAUCGGUGACACUAUUGCUGAUCCGCAGACUUACAAUGAAAUCCAGAGCUCCAUUCGUAAGGCCAAAGACGACGUCAUCAGUGUCAUCCAAAAGGCACACAACAUGGAAUUGGAACCUACGCCCGGUAACACGUUGAGGCAAACUUUCGAGAACCAAGUGAAUCGUAUCCUGAACGACGCUCGAGACAAAACUGGCGGUUCUGCCAAGAAGUCCCUAACAGAAUAUAACAAUCUAAAGGCUAUGGUGGUCUCAGGUUCAAAAGGAUCCAACAUUAACAUCUCACAAGUUAUCGCUUGUGUAGGCCAACAGAACGUAGAAGGUAAGCGCAUCCCCUAUGGAUUCCGUAAGCGUACGUUGCCGCAUUUCAUCAAGGACGAUUACGGUCCCGAAUCGCGUGGCUUCGUCGAAAAUUCAUAUCUUGCCGGCUUGACUCCGUCUGAGUUCUACUUCCACGCUAUGGGCGGUCGUGAAGGUUUGAUUGAUACCGCCGUCAAAACUGCUGAAACAGGAUAUAUCCAGCGUCGUCUUAUAAAGGCUAUGGAGUCUGUUAUGGUAAACUACGACGGAACAAUUCGUAAUUCAGUGGGUCAAUUGAUUCAGUUGCGUUACGGUGAGGACGGUCUGGCCGGUGAAACCGUGGAGUUCCAGAACUUGCCGACGGUUAAACUUUCAAACAAAGCCUUUGAGAAGCGUUUCAAGUUUGAUUGGUCCAACGAAAGAUACAUGCGGCGGAUAUUCAACGAAGAGGUCUGUAAGGAGCUAAGCGAGUCCGGCUACGCGAUCCAGGAACUCGAAGCCGAGUGGGAACAACUCAAUCGUGAUCGUGAAGCUUUACGGCAAAUUUUCCCAAGCGGUGAAUCAAAGGUGGUACUUCCAUGCAACUUGCAGCGUAUGAUAUGGAACGUGCAGAAGAUUUUCCACAUAAACAAACGCGUCCCAACUGACUUGAGCCCGCUGAAAGUCAUCCAAGGUGUUAAGGAGCUGCUUCAGCGUUGUGUGAUUGUGAGCGGAAACGAUCGGAUCUCUAAACAGGCCAAUGAAAACGCCACCCUACUCUUCCAAUGUCUUGUCCGUUCUACGCUCUGUACCAAGUACGUGGCUGAGGAGUUCAGGCUGACAAGCGAAGCAUUCGAGUGGUUGAUCGGUGAAAUUGAGACAAGAUUCCAGCAGGCGCAAGUUAAUCCAGGCGAAAUGGUCGGCGCUUUGGCCGCUCAAUCACUUGGCGAACCAGCCACACAGAUGACACUCAACACUUUCCAUUUUGCUGGUGUAUCGUCCAAGAACGUAACUCUCGGUGUACCGCGUCUAAAGGAAAUCAUCAAUAUUUCAAAACGGCCCAAGGCUCCGUCUCUGACGGUGUUCUUAACCGGCGCUGCGGCACGUGAUGCUGAAAAAGCUAAAAAUGUCUUGUGCCGACUUGAACACACCACUUUGCGGAAAGUCACAGCCAACACGGCUAUCUACUAUGAUCCGGACCCUCAAAGAACUGUUAUAUCAGAGGAUCAGGAGUUCGUUAACGUAUACUACGAAAUGCCAGACUUCGACCCCACUCGCAUUUCACCAUGGUUGCUGCGUAUCGAACUGGAUCGUAAGAGAAUGACAGAUAAAAAGUUGACAAUGGAGCAGAUUGCCGAGAAAAUCAACGCUGGAUUUGGGGACGAUUUGAAUUGCAUAUUCAAUGACGACAAUGCGGAUAAGCUGGUCUUGCGGAUUAGGAUCAUGAACAACGAAGAUAACAAGUUCCAAGACAACGAGGACGAAACCGUCGACAAGAUGGAAGACGACAUGUUCUUGCGUUGCAUAGAGGCGAACAUGCUAUCAGACAUGACCCUACAAGGAAUCGAAGCAAUCGGCAAAGUAUACAUGCAUUUACCGCAAACAGACAGCAAAAAACGUAUUGUCAUCACGGAGUCUGGAGAAUUCAAAGCUAUCGGCGAAUGGUUACUGGAAACGGACGGAACUUCCAUGAUGAAAGUUCUGAGCGAACGUGACGUUGAUCCUGUUCGAACUUACAGUAACGACAUUUGUGAGAUAUUCCAGGUGUUGGGUAUCGAGGCUGUACGAAAAUCUGUGGAGAAAGAAAUGAAUGCUGUUUUGCAGUUCUACGGUCUAUACGUGAACUAUCGACAUUUGGCUUUGCUUUGUGACGUAAUGACCGCCAAAGGACAUCUUAUGGCCAUCACUCGGCAUGGUAUCAAUAGACAGGAUACUGGUGCUUUGAUGAGAUGUUCUUUCGAGGAAACUGUUGAUGUGCUGAUGGACGCUGCUGCUCAUGCGGAGACAGAUCCAAUGAGGGGUGUCUCGGAAAAUAUUAUUAUGGGUCAGCUGCCGAAAAUGGGAACUGGUUGCUUUGAUCUGCUUUUGGAUGCUGAGAAGUGUAAGCAUGGUAUUGAGAUCUCUAAUACGCUCGGAUCAUCGCUGAUGGGCGCCACCGGGAUGUUUUUCGGUGCUGGUUCUACGCCUAGCAUGAGCCCGCCAAUGACACCUUGGGAACAGGGAACCCCACGAUAUUUUUCACCAUCAGGACCUAUAAGUGGUAUGACUCCUGGCGGACCAAGUUUCUCGCCGUCAGCAGCAUCAGAUGCAUCGGGCAUGUCACCGCAUUGGUCUCCGAUUCCGGGAUCACCUAGUUCUCCUGGGCCGUCAAUGUCGCCGUUCUGUCCAUCGUCUCCGUCAGCGUCGCCAUCAUAUUCACCGAACAGUCCAACCUAUGCGGCAUCAUCGCCGGGCGCGUCGUCGCCGAACUACUCGCCUGCAAGUCCGAAUUAUUCGCCUACGAGUCCAUUCUAUGCCACCAGUCCCGGCUACUCUCCAGGCACCAAUGUUCAACCAACAUCGCCACACUAUUCACCGACGAGCUCAAAUUAUUCUCCGACCUCGCCUGUGUAUUCUCCUACAUCAAAUUAUCAGUCAUCAAGUCCGGGCUACUCGGGAUCGAAUUGUUACUCACCAUCGAGCGCUUAUUCACCAAGCAGUCCCAACUAUUCCCCAAAUUCUCCGGUGUAUUCUCCAACAUCUCCAUCAUAUUCGCCCUCUAGUCCUUCAUAUUCACCGACUAGUCCCUGUUAUUCCCCAACUAGCCCUUCCUAUUCCCCGUCUUCACCGAAUUACACUCCAGCGACUCCAUCGUAUUCACCGACGAGCCCUAAUUACUCGUCCUCCCCGCAUUAUUCCCCAACUUCCCCUUCAUAUUCACCGACAUCACCUAAAUAUUCCCCAACAAGUCCAACCUAUUCUCCGCCGAGCCCUUCAUUCGAUGGCUCACCGCAGUAUACGCCUGGAUCGCCACAGUACUCUCCAACCUCACCGAAAUAUUCACCAACGUCCCCUGUAUACUCGCCCAGCUCACCACAGCAUUCACCAACUGUGGGCAGCGGUAAUCAGUACAGUCCAACAGGAAGUAGCUAUUCGGCCACAAGCCCUCGCUAUUCUCCGAAUAUGUCGACGUAUUCACCAAGCAGUACGAAAUAUUCUCCAACAAGUCCAACGUACACACCUACACAUAAUUAUUCACCGACCAGUCCGCUUUAUUCGCCAGCUGCAUCGCAAGGGUAUAGCCCUACGAGUCCUGUUUAUUCUCCGAGUAGCCCAGCUUCGGAGGAACCUGACGAUUAAAUGAUCGAUGGAGGUUGAAGGAAGGAAAUCCAUCUCAAAUGAUGAUUUGAUAUGAUUUUUAGAUUUAGUUGUGGCGAUUAAAUUUCCCUUUUUAUAUAUGUAUAUGUUCAUAAUAAUUUGAAAAAUUAUC